AUGGGCGCAAACGUGGAGACCAAACCUGCUGUUUCGGACAUGUCCAAAGGAUAUCGUGAGGCUAGAAAUACCCAAGUCACUUCCGUUCUCCCGGAUGGCGAUGUGCCCUAUACGGAUCAUUAUAUGGAUGACGAUGAGAGAGUGAUCACGGCGCUGGGUUACAAGCAAGAGUUCAAGCGUGAGUUCUCGCUAUGGACGACUUUCUGCGUCAGCUUUGCUGUUUUGGGGUUGCUACCGUCGUUUGCAAGUACCCUAUGGUAUGGAAUGGGAUAUGCCGGAACAGCGGGUAUGGUCUGGGGCUGGAUCAUUGCUAUGAUAUUUAUCCAGUGCAUUGCAAUGUCGAUGGCAGAGCUAUGUUCAGCAAUGCCGACUAGGUAUGAUACACUGCCCGAUGUCACACCCGAGAAGUUGCGGCGGACUAUACUACGCCGCAGCAGUGCUCGCACCCCCAGGUACGGGCCCUUUGCCGCCUGGAUCACCGGCUGGUCCAACUGGAUCGGACAGAUAACCGCAGCUCCAUCAGUCGACUACUCGCUCAGCGCAAUGAUCCUCGCAGCAGUCUCAAUCUACAACCCGGACUACGUACCGACAACAUGGCAGACCUUCCUGCUGACGACCCUCAUAAUGAUCCUACACGCUGGAAUCAGCAGCAUGCCCACGAAGCGAGUAGCACAGUUCAACUCAUGGGGCUCAACAUUCAACUUCAUCGCGCUAAUCGCACCCAAAAUUCACCCCGUCCAAACAAGUCUGGGGGAGAUAACAAACCUAACCGACUUCCCAGACGGCGUCGCCGUACUCAUGACCUUCGUCGGCGUGAUCUGGACAAUGUCCGGCUACGACUCGCCAUUCCAUUUGAGCGAGGAGUGCUCGAACGCGAACAUUGCCUCGCCGCGCGCAAUCGUGCUCACCUCCGGGGUGGGUGGGUUGAUGGGCUGGUUCCUACAGCUGGUUGUUGCAUACACGGUGCUGGAUAUCGAGGCCGUUCUUGACUCCGAUCUGGGACAGCCCUGGGCGUCCUAUUUGCUGCAGGUCAUGCCGCAGAAGACGGCUAUGGCUAUCUUGGCUUUGACGAUUGUCUGUGGGUUUUCUAUGGGUCAGGGGUGUAUGGUUGCUGCAUCGCGGGUUACGUAUGCCUAUGCUCGUGACGACUGCUUUCCGUUCUCGAAUUACUGGAAGCAGGUGCAUCCGUAUACGCAGACGCCGGUUAAUGCGGUUGUGCUGAAUGCCGUCCUCGGCAUCUUGAUGUGUCUUCUUAUUCUGGCUGGGGACGUGGCGAUUGGCGCUUUGUUCUCUAUUGGUGCCAUUGCGCAGUUUUUUGCUUUCGCCGUUCCUAUCACUAUUCGGGUGUUCUUUGUUGGUGAUCGGUUCCGCAGGGGCCCCUGGCAUCUGGGUCCCUUUGGCCCGUAUAUCGGUGCCGCUGGUGUUGUGUUUGUGUUUUUCAUGGUCCCGAUUUUGUGUUUGCCUAGUGUUACUGGUAAAAACUUGACGCCUGAUCUGAUGAAUUGGACUUGCCUUGUUUGGGGUGCGCCGAUGCUGGCGGUUACGAUUUGGUGGGUUGUUGAUGCCCAUCGCUGGUUCAAAGGUCCUGUGGUCAAUGUCGACCAUGCUAUUCAUGGGAUUGAGCGUGAGCCGGUCGUUAGUGAGGGCAUUGAGCCUGAGGUUCGGGAACCCGAUGCAACUGCUUUGUCCAAGGCGGAUGAUCCAGAUAAUCCUAUCUAG